CAAGCCGUUGCGGCAAUUGAACUACAGCACCCAGCAUCCUUUACGGAGAGGCGUGGCAGCGAGCAGUAAUGGCUGUGUUGUGCUUGGAUGCUGGUCCGUAUUUGCUGUUUUAUACGAAUUUCCAUUUUAUAGCAGUUUAACUGAGAUAUCGCGGCGCGUAAUAACACUCCCGUUUUCACUCAGGGGAGGAAGAAAGCUGUGUUUUGCUUUAGACAACCAUCCCGUCCCGAGAAGAGUCUAGGAAGCGACACAAGAGCAGUCCGUUGUAACAUAACAGUAAUAAAUAGUACUUUCAGGGGAAGGGCUGAGUUGUGUUCUAUAUACAGAUACUGAAUGUCAUGGUUUCCAGGAACCAUGUCUUCUAAGUCCAAGGUGGCCCCGAGUGUUGAGUUUGACCAUAGCUGCUCUGACAGUGUUGAGUACCUGACCCUAAACUUUGAGCCUUUCGAGACCGUCCAUCGCUGGAGGAGACUUCCACCCUGUGAUGAGUUUGUCGGGGCCAGGCGCAGUAAGCACACAGUUGUGGCAUACAAGGAUGCUAUCUAUGUAUUUGGAGGAGACAAUGGGAAGAACAUGCUGAACGACUUGUUACGAUUUGAUGUGAAGGACUGCUCAUGGUGCAGGGCUUUUACUACAGGGACCCCCCCUGCACCUAGAUACCACCACUCUGCCGUGGUCUAUGGAAGCAGCAUGUUUGUUUUUGGUGGCUACACUGGGGACAUCUAUUCAAACUCCAACCUGAAAAAUAAAAACGAUCUGUUUGAGUACAAGUUUGCCACUGGCCAGUGGACAGAGUGGAAGGUGGAGGGAAGGUUACCUGUGGCCAGAUCAGCACACGGAGCAACAGUGUACAGUGACAAGCUCUGGAUUUUUGCUGGAUACGAUGGAAAUGCAAGGUUAAGCGACAUGUGGACCAUCAGCCUUCAGGACAGAGAGCAAGCAUGCUGGGAAGAGAUUGAACAGAGCGGUGAGAUCCCUCCGUCGUGCUGUAACUUUCCUGUGGCGGUGUGCCGGGACAAGAUGUUUGUUUUCUCUGGUCAGAGUGGGGCUAAGAUUACCAACAAUCUCUUCCAGUUUGAAUUCAAGGAAAAAGUAUGGACUCGCAUUCCCACCGAGCACCUGCUGCGCGGUUCCCCUCCCCCUCCCCAGCGGCGCUACGGUCACACCAUGGUGGCAUUCGAGAGGCACCUGUACGUGUUCGGGGGCGCUGCCGAUAACACCCUGCCCAACGAGCUGCACUGCUACGAUGUGGACUCCCAGACCUGGGAGGUCAUCCAGCCCAGCCCGGACAGCGAGGACCCCCUUGGAAACGAGAUGACUUCAUCUCAAGGGUUCAUCCUGAUGCCCAGUGGGAGGCUCUUCCAUGCUGCAGCAGUGAUCUCUGAUGCCAUGUAUAUUUUCGGAGGAACAGUAGACAAUAAUGUGCGGAGUGGAGAGAUGUACAGAUUCCAGUUUUCCUGUUACCCGAAAUGCACCUUGCACGAAGACUAUGGCAAGCUAUGGGAGAACAGACAGUUCUGUGAUCUGGAGUUUAUUCUAGGCGAGAAGGAGGAGCGAGUGAAGGGCCACAUCGCGAUCGUGACUGCCCGAAGCCGCUGGCUGAGGAAGAAGAUCACACAGGCACGAGAGAGGCUGCGUCAGAAGGUGAAGCAGGAGAGCGUGGAGGAGGAGGCGGUGGCAGCUGGGGUCCAGAAGGAGGUGUCCGGAGGCAGUGUGAAGCACUCCAGCACUCAGCCCCUGCUGGAGGUCACCAUCCGGGACGCUGAGGCACAGCCCUUCAGGGUCCUCAUGCAGUUCCUGUACACCGACAAAAUCAAAUACCCACGCAAAGGUCACGUGCAGGAAGUUCUAUUGAUCAUGGACGUGUAUAAACUGGCCCUGAGCUUCCAACUGGCCCGUCUGGAGCAGCUGUGUGUGCAGUACAUCGAGGCCUCUGUGGACCUUCAGAACGUCCUCAUCGUGUGUGAAAACGCUAACAAGUUACAGCUGGACCAGCUCAAGGAACAUUGCUUGAACUUCGUUGUAAAGGAGUCUCACUUUAACCAGGUGAUAAUGACCAAAGAGUUUGAGCAUCUCUCUACCCCACUGAUAGUGGAGAUCGUCCGGAGGAAACAGCAGCCCCCUCCCAGGCUGUAUUCCGACCAGCCUGUCGAUAUAGGAACUUCACUGGUUCAAGACAUGAAGGCGUAUCUGGAAGGAGCAGGGUUGGAAUUCUGUGACAUCACUCUGCUUUUAGAUGGCCACCCCAGGCCUGCCCAUAAAGCAAUCUUGGCUGCCCGCUCCAGUUAUUUCGAAGCAAUGUUCCGCUCCUUUAUGCCAGAAGACGGGCAGGUGAACAUUUCUAUUGGUGAGAUGGUGCCAAGCAAACAGGCGUUUGAGUCCAUGCUGCGGUAUAUUUAUUAUGGAGAUGUCAACAUGCCUCCUGAAGAUUCACUGUAUCUAUUUGCCGCUCCGUAUUACUAUGGUUUCUCAAAUAACCGCCUCCAGGCGUACUGCAAGCAGAAUUUGGAGAUGAAUGUUACUGUAGAAAAUGUGCUGCAGAUCCUCGAAGCUGCAGAUAAGACGCAGGCUCUGGAUAUGAAGAAGCACUGCCUUCACAUCAUUGUGCAUCAGUUCAUCAAGGUUUCCAAGCUACCCAACCUGCGAUCCCUCAGCCAGCUGCUGCUUCUGGACAUCAUUGAGUCCUUAGCCAAUCACAUAUCCGAUAAGCAGUGUGCCGAAAUGGGCUCAGACAUAUAGCAGCACUUUGCUGUGUGGUUAGUCUCCUCCAGCAAGGAAGUGCUUUACUCAGAUUCACUCCUUCUCACCAUGACUGAUGGUUGUCACUUGUAUUUAUUUAUGAGCUGUAUGGAUUGAUUCACAAGCAUGAAACCGUUCAUUUUUUAAACUGCAUAGUUUUGUUAUUAUUUGCACAUAAGGCUUCAAAACCAAAAAUAAAGAAAACUGAAUAUAUGUUGGUGUAAAACCCUGAAAUGGUCCAAAAGGGCAAGUGUCAUAUUUUUUCAUAUAUUAUUAGUAGUAGUAUUACUGUUAUUUUUAUCACUUUUGUUUGUUUCAUGAAACUGUUGGCAUCACCCUUGCAAGGUUUCUCAGAUGCGCUCCAGUGAGCUCAGUUUAAAUCCAUUGUACAGCCAUUCUCCAGGCACUCCUGCAGUCUCUGAUGAUGUCAUUACUGUAUGAUUGUGUUAUGUAAUGCACAGCCCACUUUUCCAGGGAGCGUGAUCUUGUACAUUUGUUUAGAUGUCUGUUACAUGCAUGGUACCCACACCUCCUGUCUCUUUGGUACUUGUCGAUGGGACAAGAUCCUUAUUAUCGAACGGAACUCGGAAGAUAUCUGCUUGGGGUUAAAGGUGAGGUUGGCAACUAGGGCCACAUUUGUUUCCAGGGGGGACUUGUUUAAGGAUUAGAGAAUCCAUUCUCUAGUGUAGCGCUUGAGUCAUUAAGAGGACGUGCAAGAUUCAUCCAAAAGCAGCUUGCUCUGUAGCAGGGUUGGGGCAGGACUUGUCUUGUGUUAUUACAAAACAAAGUGAAACUGAGGACAAGUGGCUUUUGAUUGGCUUGUAUUACAGGCUGGUAAGAGCAGGCGAUCACUUAGUUCAAUUGACAGUAAAGCCUGACUUUGUUAUAUAGAGAUAUAUAAAAUACCUUUAAAGUCGCCCCGUUUGCAUUUGUUUAUAACUGAAAAAACAGUAAGCAGGUCUAGGGGCAGACUGGAAUUGUUUAUUAAAUAUCUAAGGUUAGAUUCCAGGAAAGGGAACCGCUUCACGGAUAGUACUCUAAAGGAAAGAGGAACUUUGUAUUCCCAUCUGCUUUUGACCUUCAAUGCUUUUCAUAGACUGAAAAUGGGUUUAAAAUGAUGACAAUCUGCAGUAAUGAGUAGAGAAACUUGUUUACGCUGUUAAGCGUGUUGUCAAGUAAUCGUAAGAAGUUUCUAUUGUAAGCUUUACUGUAAUCGUGUUGAUUUUAAAAAGUUGAGUUCCUUUCAGCAUUUAAAAAAUAAAUAAGUUGCUUCUCUGACAGACAAAACAUUGUUUGCUGUUUAGCAAAUAUUAUUGUCAGCUAUGUAAGUGUGAGGUUUAUGUAAAAAGAUCUCUUGUUACCCUGUUGUGUACUGUAUUGUAAAAUAAAAUAAACAACGUGCUCUACA